AAAAAUAUAAAAAUAAAGAAAAAAAUUAAACAAUCAUAAAAUGGAGUAUUCAUUGAAAAAUUUUGUGAUUUCGGAAAAUCUUAAAGAUUCCGCAAAAACGUUUUAUAGUUCUAAUGUUAUCGGUAGAGACAUAUUGACCAGUUAUGAUUUGGUAAUGGAUCAUUUUAAAAAUUGUCACAGUCAUUCCUCAGCGCAUCAUCAUAGUACAGUAGUUAAUGAUGUCAAUACCCAAGUUCUAUAUGAAAAUCAAGAGGAAUCGGAUAUAUAUUUCAACUUUAACUCACAAACAACUACAAGCAAUCAGUUUUCAGACUUUAAAAAUGAUUCAUCAUCAUAUCAUGCAGAUCGACAAAAGCAACGAAGAAUGCGCACCACCUUUAGUUCGGCCCAAAUAAAGGAACUGGAAAAAAUAUUCCAGGAAACACAUUAUCCCGAUAUAUAUACACGUGAAGAAAUUGCAACAAAAAUUGAUCUAACCGAAGCUCGGGUACAGGUUUGGUUCCAAAAUCGAAGAGCAAAAUUCCGAAAACAGGAAAGACAUUCUAUACAUAUCAGUAGAUCGACGCCUUCAUACUAAAUAUACAACAAUUACUUAUAAUAUUUUAUAUAAAAUAGUUCUACAAAUGCAAAAUGUGAAAGAAUAGAAUAUCGUUAAUUUAAAUAAGAAAGACAAAAUUACUAAUUAGUAUAUCCAAAUAGAUCUUUCUUAAUAAUUUAACGAAUUACUAAUUUAUUUCAU